AUGGCUUGUGAUAGUCUGUUGGGUCUUGAAGAUGCUAUGGAUAUGUUUCUUCAGUCAACGGACUUGUUUAAUGAUAUUGAUAUGGGUGAAUUCGACAUUGCAUUAAAGGCUUCAGAGCUCCUCGAAAACUCAGACAGUGAUAGUGGAAUAAGCGUUGCAGGGGAGAAACAAUCAAUAAACCAGGAAAUUAAUGUGCGGCCCAGCAACACUGGUGCUGAUUAUGUUCUAACUGAUGUUGUUGAUGCUAAGAAACAUUUGUCCGAUAUUUUGCACGCAAGUAACAAAUAUUGCGGAAAUCAAGUGAUGAGUUCGUCAGAAAGCGUACCUGUCAAUAUACCGAGUUCUAACCCUACUAUUCCUAAAUUUAAGCGGAUUAUUGUAAACUCUGUUGGUGAAAGACGUCUACUACAUAACUCUUCUUUGAACGUAAAUUCUGGUGUUGGUCACAAUUUGCCUAUAUCAGGUGUAUUACAGCAGUCGGAGCAUUUUGGUGUCCCUGUUAAAACGGUGCCUUCUUGUAUUACUCCGUUGUUCGAGUCCCCGAACACAUUCCUGGGAUCUUCUGCAAAUUCACCUACGAAAUCAGGCAUGGAUUGCCGUUCAUUAGACAAGUUGUUUCCCGCAGUAAAUGGGGUAAAUGAAAUUUAUGAAUACUGUAAAAAUUCAACUCCUUCAGAUCCUUCACUAUGGCAGCAUUCAAAAAGUAUCUCAAGUACAUCAUAUCCUGACUCUGUUUUCGGGAGUAAUUCUCAAUUCUCACCAACGUCAUUUCUUGAUGUGCAAGAUUUUUCGGGACCUAACGAAUCCAUCAUAACCCACACUGACUUGGAACGCAUACGUAAAAAGCAAGAAAGAAUGAUUAAAAAUAGACAAGCAGCAUGUCUAAGCCGGUUACGUAAGAAGGAGUACCUGGAAAGGUUAGAAAUGAAGUUUGAGCAGCUAAAACGUGAAAACCUUUCACUUUGGCGUCAGAAUGAGGAGUGGCGUGCACGAUGUUUUCGUUUGGAACGUUGUAUUGAAGAUUUACAAUCACGGCUUCCAAGCUCUAUAAAUUCAGAAAACCUAACCGUUAAAUCCCGGUCGUUUGAGAUAAGUUCAGACGAGGCGUCAAAUAUUUCGUCACACACCGACAAACAAAUUACUCCUCGCGAGGCUUGUAGCAAAACAGUUUCUGUGCACACAUUAAAACCUCUCAAUGAAGUCUCUGUCGGUUACAAAUCGAAUGCUCUACUUAGUCGUCUUCCAAGGUUGUCUGAUCUUGGAAAAAGCAAAACCGUUUCAGUUCAGCAUUUGAAAAAUUGCCAAAACGUAGUUCCCACUCAAAAAACGACCUACUUUACGAGUGUAAAUUCCCCAAGGACGUUCAAAUGGGAUAGUUCUUCAAAGAGAUUAUUACUUACAAGUAAAGUUGAUGUUGAAUCACAUUCUCAAUCUUCAUCACAUCAGUCUCAACUCAAGUCAAUUACUAAAACCUUGAUUUCUCCUCAGCGAAUCGUUCGUACCGUCAGUCAUCGAUCUAAAGUAAUUGCUACCACAAGUUUAUUGGUUAUGUGCGGUCUGUUUGCCAUGAAUAUAGUUCCUUUGUCAGAUUUAUCUUCUGGAUUAGGAUUCAUGCCUUCACGUAGCAUGUCUUAUGACGGUGAUUCCCUUGCUACUGGAAAAUUUGCUUUUGGUUAUCCGAGAGUAUGGUCAUCUGUGCCACAUUUGCCAACUGGGCGACGUCUUUUAUUAAAUAUUCCACCUACACAAGAAGAUAUUUUAACAAAUGAUAAUUCACUGCAGAACGCCUCAAAUAAUAAAUUUCUAUUUUCUGGAAAAAUUUCAACUAACCAUUCUACUAACAACUGUGGUCCUAAUAAAAACAUGAGUUGCUCAGAGAAUUCCUUACUUACGGAUCCUAGGCAAAUUUUCCAAGGUUGGAUUAAAAGGCAUGCUGUAUCUACCAGUAAUCAGUCCAGUAUAUACAGACUACUACUCACUUCAUCCCUUCAUAGUCUAAAAGCGUUUGAACACCGAAAACGUAUAGUCAGUUCAUCAAAAUCUUUGGAACAAAAUAUAUCACAUACUCAAAAACCUGCUUUCUUACCUAUGAAACAUUUGAACAAUUCAUCUCCAAAAUCGAUUUCACCUUCACGAAAGGAGUCAUUAGAACACUUUUCAGCGAGGAAAAUUAGCGGUUCUAUUCUAAAUGUUACAACUGAAUCAUCGCCAUCCAACUUUCCUCCACCUCAUCGUCCUGCAAUAUUGAGAAAAUAUGAUUUACAGCCUUACAUUCAUCCUGCUGUUCACGCUUUUGAGAAAUUAUUCAAUGUAGUUAAUCGUCGCAAUGAUACAGCAUACAUUGUUUUUUUGAACCGGGAUCAUUUCCUCCUGCCUUCAGUUGAUCCAUUACCUGCAAAUAUGAAACAGAAAAUAACUUUUCUACUGCCAGCUCAUUCUGUGAUCAACGGAUCGUCUAUUGAUGGUGAAGAUAAUUAUUAUGGUAGUUCAAAUUCCAUUCUGACUAUGCUGCAAUUAGAUUGUGAAAUGAUGAAUGCUACACUAUUACAAUCACCUGUAUAUAAUUUUCAUGAAAAGCACACACCUAAUAACCAUUAA